AUGCCAUCUCCCCACAAACAACGCAACGGCAAACUUCUAGAAGCAAGCCCCCAGCACAGCCCGUGCACUCGCCCCUCAGAGCUCCCGUUCCUCCAGGGCGGCGCAGAAGGCGCGCCUCGGGUGGGCCCCUGCGGCAAAAUCCGCAGGGGGCGGGGGACGAGGCAUGGGGGUCGAGGCCGCCAGCCCCCCAGCGCGGCUGUCCUUCUCGUCAACUUGGACGGACCCACCUACAGCGCCCGCAGCAGAGUCUGGGGCCGGGCGGGGGCCGAGGCGGGGACGCGCGUGCGCGGAGGGGGCGCCGCGGAGCCCGCGUGA